UCCUCAUUUAACAUGUUUGUCAGACACUCUUAAUCCAUUGGUUCCACGUCUGCGUAUCUACGCAUGUAGAAAUGCUGGCGCCCCUCCCCCCUUGUUGACGGAUGGGUUUUUUUUUUCCAAACUGCAACCGCCUAGGUUGCUGAUGUCACGGGUGAUGCGCCCGGGUCUUUUCUAGUAUUUGUGCGUGCGUGUUGUUGGGCUUCACAAAGUACUUUGCUAAUUCCAAUAUUUCCGGGGGUUAUAGCAUAUGACUUGCGAUCUCGAGAGACCAUGCACGAGAUGUAUCAAGCGCAAUAUUGGCCAUCUUUGCCAUGAUGAGCCCCGGGAUCCGGAUUCAAAGAAGCUCAAAAGCACCCCCGGUGCGGCUGGACAUGACGAGUCGGAGAUCCAGCCCGAGCUACCUCAGAAUUCAAUAGAUCAGGGUGCCGCUGCUAUGGCACCACCGUCAUUCGAUGGGACUGGAGCAGUUCAAAGACCCAAGCAAGGUUUUGGUGCAGGUGCACUAGGUCAGGCAAACCCACUACAGCUUGUGUCACCAAAUCCGGUCUCUAGUAUGCAGGCCAAUGGCUCUGGCAGCAAUAUGAACCAAUUUGGUGGGUUCUCUGAUGCCUGGCUCUCCGCCCAAAAUCAAUUCCACGAUAUGCAUCACUACCAUCCUCAAUAUAUGCUUGCUCCGGAAGUCUCCCACGAGUUCAAUCUUCUCAAUGAUUUUCUAAAUACUAGCCUCCUCGAUGACGCGGGGACCUUGCCGGACGACCAGAGUCUAUUGUUUAGGAAUAACCACUCGCAACCUAACCAGUCCGACAUGGCAAGUUACGUGGCUGGCAACAGCAACAUUCUAUCCACGAACUCGAUGCAGGCAGGCUCCAUGCCUCCGCCAAGCACGGAGGCCGGCGCCGGUGCCGCCUCAGCAGAUAAGACGCGAGAAUUCUACCUUCAAGCGGCGGAUCCAUCAGGCAACGACACACCAGAGGCACGUAUGCAUAGUGUAAUGAAAGCCAAAUAUAACGCGGGUCUUCUGAAGCCGUUCAAUUAUAUCAAAGGCUACGCUCGGUUGUCAUCGUACAUGGACAGCCAUAUUGCUCCUACGUCGAAGCAGAAGAUCCUGCGACAGCUAGAUCGCUUUCGACCUAAGUUCCGAGAGAAGGUGCAGGGACUUACAGAUAUAGAGCUUGUCUACGUGGAGAUGUGGUUCGAGAAGACGCUACUGGAAUACGACCGAGUGUUUGCAGCUAUGGCCGUUCCGGCUUGCUGCUGGAGAAGAACCGGAGAGAUCUUUAGAGGCAACAAGGAAAUGGCUGAACUGAUCCACGUUCCGGUGGAUAAGUUACGAGAUGGUAAAAUUUCUCUUCACGAGAUACUGACGGAAGAGUCGCUCGUGCGGUAUUGGGAGGAAUUUGGCACUAUCGCGUUCGAUGCGGCGCACGACACGCUUUUAACAGCGUGUGCUUUAAAGACCCCAGAUGAUCGAUCGAACAAUCCGGUAAUCAACUGUUGUUUUUCUUUUAUGAUACGUAGGGACGAUCACAAGAUGUGAGUAGCGAUUCUUGGACUUAGACGAAUAUUAUGGCCAGGUAUAGGGAUGAUGCUAACAACUGUUUGUAUUCAUACAGACCCAGCCUCAUCGUCGGCAAUUUCCUUCCGCAUGACCCUUCGCAUUCUUAGAAGCAUAUCAUAUCAUAUCUCUAUCCCGAAUACUAGCUCACAUUCGAACAAUUUUUAUUUGCCUUCUAUUUGGGCUUUGAAGUAGGUAUAUUUUUCGCAUUGGCUACUAUACGUUAUUCCACUGGCGUAAUGAUGGGGGAUUUCCAAAGGCGAUUGGGUAUUGGCUAUUGGCUAUUACAAGAUGUGAUAAUCACGUAUUCAAUCUUAUCAAGGCCUCUCAGGGGUCACUUUAGGGGACCACGUCAUUUCUAGUGGCGGUAACUAUCGUUAGAGAUACAUCUUUUGGGGUAGUAAGAGGAAGUAGAGGGAGAACGGGAAGUAACGAUGGUAUCCUACUAGGUUUGGAAGGUGAUAUUGGGUCUUUCUGCUACGACUUCCCCUGAUUGGAAAGUAAAGUACAACACUACUUUCUCGUACCUGACUACUAUAGACUUUUUUUUUUCUAGUUCUGGAACAAAGACAAAUAGAAUUACACCAACCAGUUUUCAUACUUUUUACAUCGCUGCCAACUAACUUGCGAUAUUUCUUUUCGUUUUUUCGGAGGUGAUUGCGGUAACUGUUAACU